AUGUAUAAUAAUUUAGGACUACGAACAGUCCGUGGAACUGGUACUUCUGGGUAUGUUCAAAUGAGUAAAUCAUAUCUAAAAAAGAAUACUGAAAAUGUUGGUAGUCAGUACUAUAUGACCAAACCAAAAAAGAAUAAUUUCAUGGAUCAGGAGAUUAUUGAACAUGAAUUACGUAGAAAAAUAGAAAUUAUGGUAUUAGAAUGGGUAGAAAAAAAUUGUAAAACAAUGGAUGAGAAAGCAAAACAAGAAAAAAUUAAAGAACAAAGAAAAUAUUAUCAAGAAAAAAUUAACGAUGAAAUAAUUAAUAAAAAAAAAGAAUUAGAAAGAAUUAGAAGAGCUUGUAAAGUAAAAGAAAGUCCAGAUAAAGACUUUGAUAUUACCACAGAAGUAUUAAAAAGAAUUAUUGAAGAAAAUAAUAACUAA